AUGACGGAAAAUGGAAAAUAUUCGCACGUAGAAGCUCAGAUAUCUUCAGAUGCAGAGGAAGCUGAAGAUAUUGCUACAGACGACGAGGACGAUCUCCCCUCUGAAUCCUCUCCACUUCUCCACGACUCAAAAUUGGUGACCAAGCCACGCAGGCCAUCAACGUGGGCGAUAAUUAUUUGGUCAGCGUCCCUGGUACUUUGCUUUUUAACCCUCCUCUUUGUCCUCCUUUUCAAAUGCGAUUCUGAUCCUUUGGCUGGUCGUCAGUCCGCCAUCCCAUUGAGCGAUAGCGCGAUUCGCAACUCAAUUGCCUUUGAAAUACCUUCUGAUGUGGAAUUUGAACAGGAUGCACCCAUCGUACUCAAGACUUCUGUCCCAUUUGGACUCGAUUUCGAUCAGGCGUUGGGCGUUGACGGAUUGGGUCCAGGCGGUAUUGUGGAUCCUAAAGGUGGGCCUCUGCAGCGCUGGAGACUCUCUAUAGGUAGAUUCCUUUCCAAAGCCGUUAGCCCGCUCGACGUCGUAGUCAAUCAUCCAAUCACUGUAGAAGCUAGAUCGUCUAAUGAGACAGUACAGCUCUUCAACAUUACCCUAUUAGACUCUAUGAGCGUUCCUAUUAUGCCUGGUUUGCAGCAUUCUAACAGUCGUCUCUCUCAUCCAGACGAUUGGUUGAAAGGUGUUGAUUUGAGAGCGUCGAUCACGCCAGUCAGCGGCACCGACUUUGAUUUGGAAGGGUUACAGUCGUUCUUUGAGCAUGUUUGGGUUGCAGAGAAGGGUGUGAUGGAUGUUUCUGUUAUUAUCCCACAAGUUGAAGUGCAUAUCUGGAAUAAAAGUGCAUUGCAUACUCAUUUCCAAAAGAAUAACAUUACUGUUCAAGAGACCUUGUCUAUACCAAAUCUUUCACCAUGGCCAAAGCCCGGUACACCCAUCGAUGAAACAUACUCCGAAAUGCUCAAUCUCUUUAACCUUGCACAGCUAGAUGUCGCUACCCACAACAGUUCCGAUGAUAAGGAACAACUCGAUGUAGACGCUAGUGCAUCACUUCCAUUGCCUCAAUUAGACAUAUUGAAAGCACUAAAGAGCGUAGUAUUUCCAUAUGAAAUACCAGUAGAUGCAGUGCUCCCUCUCAAGGAAGAAGAGGGUGGUGGCAGCUUGUCCUUAGCUACAGUCACAACAAAACCAAUCGAGGUGUCAGAUGAUGAGCUGAGUUUCGGUGCAAAAGCUACAACGAACCUGCAUUGGAAGACCUUCAAGAACACUUCAGAUAAUUUGUCCACCAUAAAGACUGCUUUGAGUCGGUUUUUGAGUGAUUUCCUCAACAACGCACCCACUCCAUUCAAGAUUACAGGAGGUGCAGCUAGAAAAAAUACUCCGUCGUGGCUUAAGCAAGUUCUCAAGAAUUUUGAGUACAACUUUGACUUACCAGGUGUACCGCCUAUGCCUGAUAUCGUAAGGAAUGUGCACAUGGAGAACCUGAGUGUACACAGAAAAAGUGGAUUUCCUUGGCCGAAUCCCUUCCCUGGUCAGCCAGGAGGUCCUGGACAGGUAUUGGUCAGCGGAACACUCAUUGCUGACAUAGCAUUGCCCGAUCAGUUGCGGUCAUUGCCUAUAAACGUCAACAGCAUUUUACCAUAUCUGAUAAUAUACAAUGGAGCACCUCCACCGCUCAAUUCAACGCAGUCAGAAUCAUACCCACGCAACGCAUUCGCCAUAUUUCAUCCAGAUGAAGCAUUUGAUGCAUUUACAGAAUUUGCCAAUGAUCCAGACAAUGUUGAUGCACCACAGGUGACUCGCCUGUACGCAGAAGUGCGUGAUGCGCCUAUCAAGUUGAUCGAAGGCAGGGACUCAGUGUUCCGAUCAUUUAUGGGCAAGAUGCUGUUUGGAAAGGCGAUGGCAGGUGUGGAUGGUGAUGCUACUGUCAACGGAGGACUGAAGGCUAUCGAAGAUUUCGACAGCAUUGAUAUCAAAGACAUACGAGUGAAUGGCGAGUUCAAAGCUUCUGGGUGA